CAAAAGAACAAUCCAUAUGGCUUUGAAAUCUUCAAACUUAUUCGGGAGCCAUCCUUUUGACGGUAAUUCUAGAAACCAAAGCCAAAAAAGGUUUUUGUUGAAGUGGAGAAGACAAAAAGGCAUAGUAAUGGCUAAGCCCUUGAAGCUUCAAGGGGUUGAUGAUGAGCUGCAAAAGCUUUUGGAUGCUAAUAUGGAUGAAGCACUUGCUAGAAGGAGAGCCAGGGAAGCCUUUAAGCAUAUUCAACUUGGAAUUGAUCAUAUUUUGUUCAAGACACCUUCAAAUAGACUGAAGAUGAAGGAGUCAUAUGAGGUGAAUUCUAGGGGAUUGGAAAUUUUCUCGAAAAGUUGGCUUCCAGAGGCCUCCCAUCCCAAGGCAAUGGUAUUCUUUUGUCAUGGUUAUGGGGAUACUUGCACUUUUUUUGCUGAAGGAAUUGCCAGGAAAUUGGCAUCAUGUGGAUAUGGAGUUUUUGCAAUGGAUUACCCUGGAUUCGGCCUGUCUGAAGGUCUUCAUUGCUAUAUUGAUAACUUUGACAGGCUAGUGGAUGAUGUGAUGGAGCAAUACACCAAAAUUAAAGAGAAUCCUGAUUUUCGGACUCUUCCAUGCUUCCUCUUUGGCCAGUCCAUGGGUGGAGCCGUAGCUCUGAAGAUGCAUCUAAAGCAACCUAAUGCCUGGAGUGGUGCCUGUCUUGUUGCUCCAAUGUGCAAAAUAGCUGACGACAUGGUUCCACCCUGGAUACUGAAGCAAAUUCUGAUCGGUAUGGCUAAUAUUCUUCCAAAACAGAAGUUAGUCCCACAGAAGGAUUUGGCAGAGGCGGCAUUUAGAGACAUUAAGAAGAGAAAACUGACACCCUAUAAUGUUAUUGCUUACAAGGACAAACCACGCUUGCGGACUGCUCUGGAGAUGUUGAGAAUCACUGCCGAGAUAGAACAAAAUAUGGAGAAGGUUUCACUUCCAAUAUUAAUCUUGCAUGGAGAGAACGACAUCGUUACGGAUCCAUCUGUUAGUCGAGCAUUGUACGAGAAAGCAAGCAGCUCGGACAAGAAUAUUAUCAUAUACAAGGAUGCUGGCCAUUCUCUUCUUGAAGGUGAACCAGAUGACAUGAUUCUUAGAGUUUUCAGUGACAUAGUUUCAUGGCUUGAGGAACAUACUGCAUGCUAACCACAAUGUCUCUGUUUCAUUUCAGACAUAUUUAUAUAUUUGUACAAAA